AUGACAAUGGUUAUUGCUGCCAUCACCCAUCAUCAUUAUUACCAUUGCUACCACCAUUAUCAUGCUAGUAAUGAUGAUGGUAGUAAUGAUGAUAGUGGUAGUGGAAUCAUUAGUGAUGAUAGCAGUGAAACUGCUCAGUCCAGCGCCCGUCAAUCUUUGGUCCAGAUCUGGCGGGGCCGUGAGCACCAAAUGGCUCUGGGGACCCUGUUGGGGAUCGGGACCCUCUUGACAGGGUCCUGGUCCCAGGAGCUCUGGGUGUCCCAACCCAACUGGGCCUGGGGCCUGGAAGGUGGCUCUGUCACCCUGCCCUGCUCCUACAACACCUCUGUGCAGGGUCCCCAAGUGGGCAGCUACCGCUGGGAGAAGGAGCCAGGGCUGAAGGUGGCCCCAGGGGUCCUGCCCUUUCAGGGGCGUCUGGGGAUGCCCGAGGCCAGGGUCUUCCUUGAGGAGGGCCGGGCAGACCUGGAGAUCCAUGACCUGCGGCACUAUGAUGCUGGCACCUACCGCUGCCUGGUGACCCUACACGGAGCACCUGAGGCGGCAGGCAAUGGCACCCAGCUGCACGUGGACAGGCCUGGGGCAGGCCCAGCCCAAGGGUCUGACCAACCUACUGUCCUCCUGGUUCUGCUUGUGAGGGCGCUACUCUAUGUCCUUGGCAUCAUCAUGGCUGCCCUGGGCUCCAGCCUCUAUUACCAAAGGCAGGUUUUGCAGAACAGACAGAGACUGAAACUGCAGAGUCAAUGGGAACCCAGAGAACCCAGGCGUCUGGGCUCCCAGCCCCACCACCGGUGCAACUCCACCAGCCCCCACUCACUGCUCAGAAUACAGGAAGAGAACCCAGGCAUCCAGGCCCCCAUCCCCUUCCCCACAGAGCCCCAGUAA